CCUCUGGCCCCAUCUUCAUUCCGAUAGACACAAGCUUCGUACAAUACGAAUUCCCAUGGUUCUAACAGAAUCUCCUCACCUCCCCCCAAAUCCUGCACACGCAUACACGCGUGUUGUGCGUGGAGUGUGUAGUAACGCACAAAUUUCCCCCACCACUGUUACGUCCAGCUGCUAACUUGUUACAGGAACUGUCAGAGUGUAGUGAGAAGGGGGUAUUCCUCAAUUGUUGAGAGCGGUCGAUCAGUUCCUGAAGAACUUUCCUCCAAGGUAGACUGAAAUUGUUGUGUUUGCUGGAUGUGCGAUGUGUCUUAACGCGAAAUAAGUUAAAGUCUGUCUCUUAUUCGCUGUUAUAUUUACAAGACGAAACGAUUUAAGAAGACCUACGUAGAAGAAUAUUAUUAAAAGUGGUUUUUUUUGUAAAUAUUUUAAAAAACAACGAACGUGUUUUAUUAUCUCUCAACGAUAAAUUUUUAACGACGAAAGCUGUUGGUCUGCUUUCGAAUCGGUAAGAACGUUUGUUACUUUUAUAAAUUUGUAUAAACUGCAUUCAAGACAUCAGAGAUUGAAAGAUGUUUCUUCUGUGACAUGUGACUGAAGUUUAUUUUAAUGUGCAGUGUUUGUUACGUUCAUCAUGCCAAUCAGCGAGGAUGAAUUCGAGCAUAACAAAUCCCAGCAUCAUGGGAUGUCCAAGGCGGAGCAGAGAAGGAGCAACAAACCAAUCAUGGAGAAGCGACGCAGAGCUCGUAUCAACCACUGCCUCAACGAACUAAAAGCCCUCAUCCUGGACGCGAUGAAAAAGGACCCAGCACGCCAUUCGAAAUUGGAGAAGGCCGAUAUUCUUGAGAUGACGGUGAAACACCUCCAAACAAUACAGCGCCAACAGCUAGCCAUUGCCGUGGCGACAGACCCGACCGUGCUGCACAAAUUCAAGACCGGUUUCAACGAAUGUGCCAGCGAAGUCAGCCGAUACAUCGGCCGCAUAGAAGGCGUCGAACCGGCAGUGAAACAGCGCCUAGUGGCUCACCUCGCCAACUGCGUGUCAGGGCUCCAACAGUUGUCACCCUUCACUUUUGGGGGUUGCAGUGCGAUUAGCAGUACCAUCGGGAGCAUGUUCCCUACAAUGGGAUUGUCAACUGCACUUCAUCUUCCUCUACAGCAAGGACCAAAUACACCAUCCAGCACUACAGGCCUGCCAACAAUCCUGCCUCAUAUCCCAUCUGGAGAUGUCAACAAUAAUCACCACCACAACACAGGAACCAGGCUGCAGAUGACAAGUGGCUUACAGCUGAUUCCAAGUCGUCUCCCCACAGGAGAACUUGCCUUGCUUCUCCCUAACAGUGGUCAACUCCCUGGAAACGUUUUACCAUUUUUCCCACCCCCAUCGGCGACACAGGGAACAUCUACGACAACCCCAACAACUUCAACCGCCACAUCAACCCUGACCAACGCAGAAAAUGUACGUCUGAGCUCCACAGUUACCAGUGGCACCAUCGACAGGUCCCAUCCAAGUGCAUUCACGGCCGUCGCAAGGUCUCAGAGUCCAACGCCUAACCAGAAUCGACCUAACAGUCCACUAAGUUUGCCGCUGGACGCCUGUUCGACAAGAUUACAAUCCGGAAGUCCACCCUUACUUAGUCCCACUUCGUCCAUCUCAAGCUGUGAUACAAUGGACACAUAUCCUGGUCCGAACACACCUCCGCCACCAACGCAACUAUCUCUCGUCAAUCCUCAUCCGAGUAACCAGCAACUUCAAAACCAGACGCAGUCUUAUCCUAUAAACGUAAACCAGUUCAAAAUUCCUCUUACAAGUCCAUCUACAGGUUACAACGUCUAUCAUUUUCCCGUGAUGGAAACUCAGAAACAACCGGUAUCACCACAGCAACAGUCUCUGGUGACUUCGACAUCAUCCCCCGCUUCGGAUGCCCCUGGGAAACUCAGGCUUCCAAUGCAGACUGCAGACUCACCAUCAACCGGUAUCUUACGGACAGUGACCGAAGUUAAGCUGGCUUUCAAAACGGUACCGGUGACGUCAGAAAAGUCGUCACCCGCUAUCCGAACCAUCGAAGCACUUCCGACUGUAUCUUCCUCAAAUCCUUCCUUUCAUCACGACCUUUCCGUGACACUGUCUACGCCAGUGAAUCAGUGCUUGUCGGUAGUGACUACAGCCCCUGGAAGUGCACCUUUUGUAGAAAGACAUCAUACUGUGGGGACGAAGGCCCCUCCCUUAGACUUUUCCGUUAAGAAAGACGAUUUACAAAGUACAGCCACACAGACACCAUCUUGCAGCAAGAGGCAGCUAUCGACAAGUUUCACUGCAAAUAACUUUCCCGGUGAUUUUGUUUCACAGUCAUUCCCAUCGCCAAGUAAAAUGAUGAGGUUGUCAUUCAGUAUGCAAAACGAAAUGCUCCAGAAGUCAAACGCAGAGACUGAAGGCUUACUGAAAUGCUCAGAAUCCAAGAGCCAUCUGUCAGUAAUUGUCGAAGACUUGUCUAACAAACCGUCCACAUCUACAACUGCCGUGACUACGUCAACAGCACAAACGGGUAAUAAGGACAUGUGGCGUCCCUGGUGAUAAUUUUCAGUACUUGAGAGACGCUCGUGUUUUCGAAUUCCAACACCCAAGUUGUCUUUCAGUCAUAAUAACACUGUAAUAUAAAUACACGCCCACACAAAUCUGUGAUGCAGUUCGUAGAAAUGUACAUUCCAAAGACACAUUAAUCUUAAUGAAUUAAAAAGUAUAUAAACAUGUA